UGGCCAUGCUUGCCAAGAGACAGCAGCAACCUGGACCGCCGACAUUCAGCCCGGCCUCGGAUGUAGCGCCGCCCGCAGCCACGCCGGGGUUACACCUAAAGCGUCUGGCACUGGCAGAGGGAAGAUGUUUCAGCAGUUACAAGCCCGUAUGGCAGCAACGGCGCCAAAAGCAGCCGACCAGAACGGCCACAGCCAGACUGGCCACGACAUCGGCAGUUUGACGCAGAAGAUGGCCGCGAGCACGGUAUCAGGCACCACCGCCGCGCCGUCAUCCGUGGCUAGGAACAAACCAUUUAGUGAAGUCAAAGACACACCUCCAGUGGUAAAGAUGGGUCAAUCCGGUGACCCCUGUGAAGUCACUGCCAACUACAUCCGUCUCAACUUUGAGGAGAACAGUGUCUUUGAAUAUGAAGUGACUUACCAGCCUGAUCAGGACUACCGGGCUCUACGGUUUAAGCUACUCAAUGAACACAGCCAAUAUUUCAAGACUAAGACCUUCGACGGCACCACACUGUAUGUGCCACAUAUGCUACCUGAGGAGGCCCUGAAUCUCGUGUCGACGAACCCUUAUGACGAGGCAAACUCGAAAGUUAACAUCAAGAUCAUCUUUCGAAGGACUCGCCGCCUCAGCGAAAUGGUGCACUUAUACAACGUGCUAUUCAAGCAAAUCAUGAAAGAUCUGAACAUGGUGCGAUUCGGCCGCCAGCAUUUCAACGAACAUCUGGCGGUGCAGAUACCGCAGCAUAAGCUGGAAGUUUGGCCCGGCUACGUAACAACAGUGAACGAGUUUGAAGGCGGGCUCAUGUUGUCUCUGGACUCCACCAGCCGAGUUCUCCGCACACAAUCGGUGCUGAGCUUCAUCAAAGAGACGGUCCAGGCAAAGGGCUCCAGCUGGAAGCAGGCCAUGACUGAGAUGCUUAUUGGCUGCUCUGUUAUGACGACUUAUAACAAAAAGCUGUUCAGGGUCGACAGCAUUGACGAUACAAUGACGCCCAGAUCAACUUUUGAGAAGAAAGAAGGCGGUGAAAUGGUGCAAAUUAGCUACAUCGAUUACUAUAAAAAGAACUAUGGAAUCGAAAUCAUGGAUCUGGAUCAGCCCAUGCUGAUAUCUAGAGAAACAAAACGCAUGCCCGGCUCUGAAGUGCCCACGGACUUCCUAAUCUGCCUUGUGCCGGAGCUCUGUCAGCUGACAGGGCUGUCAGAUGACCAGCGGUCAAACUUCAGGCUCAUGAAGGACGUGGCCACAUACACCAGGAUAGACCCUAACCAGCGACAUGCUGCUUUCAAAAAGUACAUACAAAACGUGCUGGACAACGAAAGCGCUCGAAACCGCCUUAAAGGCUGGGGUCUCAGCAUACACCCGGACACCGUCAAACUGGCAGCCCGUACGUUGGCACCGGAGACUUUGUACUUCGGAAACAACCGGUCGGUCGAAGGCAAGCCUGACGCGGAUUGGAACAACGAUGCCACGAGAAAUACCGUGAUGCAGGCGGUGGAUAUCAUAAGAUGGGCCAUCAUUUAUACGAAGAGGGAUGAGCAAGUCACGCAGAACUUCCUGGGCACCCUCCGCCGCUGCUGCGGCCCCAUGGGCGUGAUGGUGCAGCAGCCGGAGAUGGUGAUGCUGCCCACCGACCGCACCGAGACCUACGUGCAGGCGCUCAAGAAGACCAUCAACUCAUCCAUACAGCUUGUGGUCUGCAUGUGCCCCACGUCCCGUGACGACCGCUAUGCAGCUAUCAAGAGGAUCUGCUGCGCGGAGAACCCUGUGCCGUCACAGGUUAUAAACGCCCGCACAGUCAUGAACGAGAAGAAAGUCCGGGCCAUCACGCAGAAAAUCCUGCUGCAGAUCAACUGCAAACUUGGAGGCACUCUGUGGAGCAUCUCCAUACCGUUCAAGACUGCUAUGGUGGUCGGCAUCGACAGUUACCAUGACGCUGGGCGGAAGAAGCGUAGCGUGUGUGCUUUCGUGGCGUCAUAUAACCAGUCAAUGACCCACUGGUACUCCAAGGCGGUGUUCCAAGAGCGCGGGCAAGAAAUUGUGGACGGCCUGAAGUCGUGUCUCAUAGACGCGUUGAAGCACUACCUGCGAGUCAACGGCCGCCUGCCCGACAGGAUCAUCAUGUACAGAGACGGCGUUGGCGACGGCCAACUGAAGGUGGUCCAAGACUACGAGAUCCCCCAGAUGAAGAUCUGCUUCAACGUCGUGGGCGAAACGUACAAGCCGACGCUGACGUACAUAGUCGUCCAGAAGCGGAUAAACACGCGCAUCUUCGCGCGCGGACGCGACGGGCUCUCCAACCCUCGCCCGGGAACUGUGCUGGACCACACUGUCACCAGGAGGGACUGGUACGACUUCCUGAUCGUCUCCCAAAAGGUGAACCAAGGCACGGUGACCCCCACACACUACGUGGUCGUGCACGACGACAGCGGCCUGUCGCCCGACCAGUGCCAGAAGAUCACCUACAAGAUGUGCCAUCUGUACUACAACUGGCCCGGCACCGUCCGUGUACCGGCGCCGUGCCAGUACGCACACAAACUGGCGUACCUUGUCGGGCAGAAUAUACAUGAACAGCCGUCUGAGGCGCUCUCGGAUAGGCUGUUCUUCCUGUAAGUGCUUAGAGGCCUUAGCUCGUAUACACUUGCGAUUGCAACCAAGGUAGCUAUUUGCUGGUGAGUUGAAGCGUGAAGCGAGAGCACGCAACGAGUUCGCCGCGAGCUUUAUAGAGGUUCUGGCCGCUACCGAGCAAAGAUGUUGAAUUGCGCACUUACAUAUCGUUGCGAAAUUUGCACUCGUUCGUAUCGAAUACGCGG